UAUUAAAUGAACAAGUUGAAAUAUAAAUGUUGGAUUAACAGUUCAAAUUCAAGGGAGUGUCUCGAAAAGAAAGUGGGAGAAGAUACCCUUCCACUACACCAACGGAUAUAUCCUGGAUAAUUACACAGGUUUCAAUCUAGCUUACCUGUGCAUGAAGUAUUCGGGCUGAGCUAUUGUGAUUGAUCACCGUCUGUCGUCUCUGUUAUUUCACGCCUUUCUGCAGAUCCCCUCUGAAGUUACUGGUAAGAUUUGCACCAAACUUGACCUGUAGCAGGCUUGCAUUGUCUUUAGUAAAAUGGACAUACAACAUGGCAACGGGUGGAAAACUUGGAAUGUCACAAAUCGAUGCAUCUGACGCUUUGCAUGAUUUCUCAUGUACUCCGUGUUCCGAAGACGGCAAACAUAUGGAAGCAUUGUUUCAGUGUACUGAUUGCCAGAUCUUCUAUUGUCAAAGAUGUGUGUCGAUCCACAACAAAUUCACAAGAAACCAUAAAGUUCUUGAGAAAUCGUCGAAUCUAUUCAAACAAGGUCCAAGACAACAAAAGUUAUCUUGUACAAGUGAUCUGCCGACGGAUUUGUGCGAGGAACAUCACGGAGAAAUAAUCAAGAUGUUUUGUGGACAACAUAACAUAGUUUGCUGUACUGUCUGCAUUGCCAUGAAACAUAGAUCCUGUGAAGGCGUAGAAUAUAUCCCGAACAUCGACAAAGGACUUCUCAAGACAAAGGACAAGGACAAAACUAAAACAUCUUUGGAAAAAGUAAAAGAUGAUUUGCAGAAUCUGAAGUCCAAAAUGCAAAAUGAAUUGAAGAAGUUGAAUGUGCAACGAGACGGUAUACUGGAUGACAUACAUGUGUUUAAGAAACGCAUUAUAGCCAAACUUGAAGAGUUGGAGAGAAAAUCAAUAACAGAUGUACAGGACAAGCAUAAAGAGAUUACAGACAAAAUAACUUCUAGCAGCAAGAAAAUCGAUGAUAUACUGAAAGAUGUGUCACAGCAACUUGACAAGCUUAAAGAAUUUAGAAGUAACAAUGAAGCUCAGCUUUUUGUAGAGAUUAAGGUUGGUGAAGAGAAGAUUUCAGAGGGAAAUGAUUGUGUCAGACAAGCUGCUGCCAAAAGUAUGGAAACUCUGGUUUUUGAGGUGAACAGAAGAGUAGAGACUUGUCUAAGUGAGGAACAGACGAUUGGUAAACUAACCGUUAGGACUGCAGACGACAAUGUUGGUCUUAAAAAAUUUUCAUCAUAUAAAGAAAAGAAACAUAGUGAUGAUUUGCCUCCGGUACCUCAAAAUAGAAACGAACCAUUAAAAUGUAAAAAGUGUGGGAUGACAUAUUUGAACACUACGUUUUUAAAGAUGCAUAAAGUGAUGAGUGGAUGCUAUUAAAAAGAAACCAUCAUACUAUAAUAGACAUUCAUGACUAUAAAUAUGUUAUGAUAACUUCUGUCACUCGUCAUCUUCUAUUUCAAAGCAUAUAUACUAAACUUGAAAAUAUAUCUUUUGACGAUAACCUUAUCGAAAAACUAACAGUAAUCAACUGUAUUGUUCUUUCAAGUUUGAAUGCAAUGAUUUCAGGUUA